GAAAACACUAAAAUCUUAGAAAAAUUGAGAAAACAUUUAAGUACGGAAAAUAAAAAUCUGAAAGGGGAAGUUUGGGAUUACUAAAAAAAGGAGAAAGAAUGAUGAGAAAAAGUUGCCUAAAAUGAUGGGUUCGUUGCAAGUCAAAGUCAAAAACCCUCCAAAAAGCCAAAAUAAUAAAAUAAAAAGAAGUGAAAAUCAAACCCACCCUUCAAUAAGCAGCCCCCAGAGAAAUCAGAGAGAAGAGAAACGUCUUAUCAUUUUUUUUUUGUUGUUUAAUUACAAUCCUCUCUUUCUUUAGAACCCAAAAAGAAAAAUUAAAAAAAAAAAACAAAAAAAUAUAACCAAUCACAACUCCACAAUCUCUCUUUCUCUCUCAUUGUAUCAUUUUCUCUCUCUAGAUCUGCCUUUAUUACAACCUUUUUUAGCCUGUUAGAACAUUCUAAAUCCCUUCCCUUUCAUUGAUUCUCUCAACUAAAUCCUUCAAAUUUUUGGGCUUUUUUCUUUUUAAGCCCUUUGAUUGAAGGAUUUUGCAAUUUUUUUUUUGUUUCUUGUAUUUUUUUUUGGAGAUUGGCAAAAGAUUGAUGGUGUUUGCAGUUUGAGUUGUGUGACAAUUCCAUGAUGAUUUAAAAUUCACAAGAUUAAUGGUGUCUGAAUUUAUCAAUGUGUAUUUGAUUUCUGAAACUUCUGCUGUGGGGUUGGAGAUUGAGGAGACACUAGCACAUAGAAUAACUUUUGAUAAAGCUGUUGGUACCUACUUGAGGAAUAGUUUAGUUGCUGGGUUAUUUGGGCGCGAAUAUGUGAGUAAUGGUAUCAACUACAUUCAUGAGGAUUGUUGCACCUUGUUGGAAGCCUUCUGUUGAGGGCGAAAAUUCUAGUAGAGGCGGAGAGGCUAGUGGUCGGGCUGAUGGAUUGUUGUGGUAUAAAGAUUCAGGGCAUCAUGUUAAUGGGGAGUUCUCAAUGGCUGUAAUUCAAGCGAACAAUUUAUUGGAAGACUGUAGCCAACUUGAAUCAGGGCCAAUGAGCCUGGUCGAUACAGGUCCUCAAGGCACAUUUGUAGGAGUUUAUGAUGGCCAUGGAGGUCCAGAAGCAGCCCGAUUUGUAAAUGAGCAUCUUUUUGAAAAUAUCAAGACUAUUCAUGGUGCAGAAUUUACAUCAGAGAACCAUGGAAUGUCUGCAGACGUUAUAAACAAAGCAUUUUUGGCAACAGAAGAGGCAUUCCUUUCUCUAGUACAGCAGCAAUGGAACAUUAAACCACAAAUUGCUUCUGUUGGUGCAUGUUGUUUGGUAGGUAUAGUAUGUAGCGGACAUCUAUACAUUGCAAAUGCUGGGGACUCUCGUGUUGUCUUAGGAAGACUGGACAAGUCUGUUAAGGAGGUCAAAGCUGUUCAACUAUCAUAUGAACAUAAUGCAAGCAUGGAAUCCGUGAGAGAGGAAUUGCACUCAUUGCACCCUGAUGAUCCGCAGAUUGUGGUUUUAAAGCACAAGGUUUGGCGCGUGAAGGGUCUGAUUCAGGUCUCAAGAUCCAUUGGUGAUGCCUAUCUUAAGAGGGCAGAGUUUAACAGAGAGCCUUUGUUGGCUAAGUUUAGAUUGCCCGAACCUUUUAGUAAGCCGAUUCUUAAAGCUGAGCCAACAAUUUCAGUGAAGAAACUCUAUCCUGAGGACCUAUUUCUUAUAUUUGCAUCAGAUGGCCUAUGGGAGCACUUAAGCAAUCAGGAAGCAGUUGACAUUGUCAACAAUUGCCCACGUAAUGGUAUUGCAAGGAAACUUCUUAAAGCUGCACUUCGUGAAGCGGCAAAGAAAAGAGAAAUGAGAUACUCAGAUCUGAAAAAGAUUGAUCGUGGUGUGAGAAGACAUUUCCAUGAUGACAUCACAGUUAUAGUUUUGUUCCUUGAUUCACAUCUGAUCAAUCGCAGCUCCUGCCGUGGGCCUCUGAUUUCUAUCAGAGGAGGUAAUGGUAUUCCUGGAAGCGCCAAUACAUAGGUCAAUAGGGUCUAAAUACCUGAUACGCUUAAUCCUCAUUUCUUUAUUGUAUUGAGAAUUUUUUUUUCAAAAGAGGAGAGGUAAAGGAGAUUCCUUUUUUUUUUUUUUUCCUUUUAUUGUUUUUCCCAUUUAUUGUAUAGCCACGCUCCUCAGAAACUUACUUCAACAAGUCAUCAGAGACACCUAUAGAUAGUAGAGUUGAUGCCUGGACAGAUGCCUCAAGAAAAUGUCUUUGUUAGCAGUUGUCCGGCUAUCGGCAUAUGAUACUUGAUAAGCUAUCCCACAUUACAGCUAUGGUUUUACUCAACUGCAUCAAGAACUAUAAAAGGAUAUAUUGCCAUUGAAGCUAAAUUCAACCAAUGAAAUAUGUUUCAGUUUCAGUUUCA